AUGGCAGCCAUUAUCAGAAGCGGCUUUGCCUAUCGUGCACAGUGUGAGAGGAGCGGUAUCAGCGGGCGCCAACCUCGGGUCGAUUACUUCGACGCGGAGCAAAUGGCACAGGAGUGGAGACCGGAGCAGGGGAAAUUAGGAUAUGUGGAGACUACAGAACUACACUUAAUCCAGUACUUAUUAAACAUCUACACCCAGUUCCGAUUUUCGAUCAACUACGCCAAAAUCUCGCAAACGAAUCAGAUUGAAUACCUAGGUCACAUAAUAGAUAAACAUGGCAUCCACCCAACCAAAUCUAAAAUUGAUGCCAUAACUAAGGCCCCAGCACCUAGUAAUGCAAAAGAACUACGAUCAUUUUUAGGACUAGUUAACUUUUACGAACGAUUACCAAACCCUGAAACUGAACCCUCCGAGACAGAAGGGCUUGUACAUAAAAUAGAUCUACGUCUUUUGAGCACUCGAAUGACUGACCUUAACCUUUCAGAACAGUUACUUAUGAAAACAACUGCAAAGGAUCAUAUACUCACAAAAGUUUGUCAAAAUUUAAAAACCGGCUGGAGAGAAUCAGAAUACAAUCCAGAGAUGAAACCAUUCUACAGAAACCGGACUGAAUUAUCUGUUGAGAAUAAGAUACUUAUGAGGCAAGGACGCAUCGUUAUACCUACAGCACUCCGAAAAGCCAUUCUUACAUACCUUCAUCGAGGACACCCUGGCAUUUCUGCUAUGAAAGCACUUUCACGUUACUAUGUUUGGUGGCCUAACCUUGACGAAGACAUAGAAUUAUUUGUCAAGAAAUGUACCAGAUGCCAACAGAACCGCCCUUGUAAUCCUGAACUUCCUGUAUUUUCCUGGUCCAUACCAGAAGAAGUAUGGGAGAGAAUCCAUAUCGACUUUGCUGGACCGUUCGAAGGAUCGUAUUGUCUAUUUUACAUGUCACAUCAUCCCCAUAUCAUCCUCGGACAAAUGGGCUGGCAGAACGUUUAG